AUGGUAACUCCAUUGAAGUAUAAAAAUAAAUGGCAAUGUGGUUCAUGGUCUUAUCAAGAGAAGUAUGUUAAAUUUAUAGUUGAAAAUCAAGAUGUCUUUCUUGGGGGAUUUUAUGAUAGUCAGGAAUGGUUAUUAUUAGAUGCUACAAUAACAUCAAAUAUAAUGAAUUAUAUAGGUAAUGAAACAUUUUCAAUGGUUGAAAUGAUGUUAACAUUACGAAGACAAUCAUUUUAUUAUGUUUUUAAUUUAGUUUUUCCAACAACAUUAGUAUCAUUGGUUGCUGUUAUUGGUUUUCAUGCACCUAUUAAUGCAACUGGACGUCGUGAAUCAAAAUUUCGUCUUGGUAUUAUGACACUUUUAUCAAUGUCUGUGAUGCUUUUAAUGUUGGUUGAUGAAAUGAAAUUUUCAUUAGCUUCUAUACCUGGUCAACGAGGUUCUUUUUCAGAUGUCCCAUUAUUAGGAAUAUAUUAUAUGACUUUAAUUUUUCUUAUUAGUGUUGCAACAUGUACCUCUUCAAUUUUUGUUCAUCUUGAAAAAUAUGCAUUAAGGAAUCAAAAUUUUUAUUCUAUACCUUGUUAUUUAAGAUUUUUAAGUGCAAAAAAACUUUUUUGUUGUUAUGUACCAGAACCAUUAAGAGUUAAUAAAGGUGAAAAUUUUAAAAGUAAUAAAAAUAUCAAACUUCAAAGUCGUCAUUCUUCUUUAGAUAGUACAAUAUUUAAAAAAUUAAUUCCUACAGAUAUAAAUUUUGUUGAUUGUACUCAACAAAUUAUCCCACCUAAUAGUGAAAGUUUUGAAGAUCGUGUAAUAAAAAGUGGUGGACAGGCAGAUAAUAAUAAUAUUACUUCAGCAGCUGCACAUCCAGAGCAAUUAUUUGAACCAUCUAAUUUAGAUCUUCAAAAAAUAGAUCUUUUAAUAUCAUUAAUGCGUGAUUUUAUUGAUCUUAAGCAUAAAAUGCAACAAAGAAAUUUACUACCACCACAUUGGGAAAGGGUAAUACGAAGAUUAGAACAUCUUUCAUUAACAUUUUAUCUUUUAAUGAUAGCUCUUGAUUUAGCAUUAUUUUUAUGGCCUGAAAUAUGGUAUUAA